AAGUUUUGAACAUUUUGGUACUAUGUGGCGAGUUUGUUUUUGGGUCUGUCGGUAAAGAAAGACUGAAUGGUGGUGGUGGUGGUGGGGGAUGUGGGUAUCGGGAUUUGGGCGUUGUGAUGGUAUGUGUGGCUUGAGUGUUUAGGGCUAGUGAGGAAUGGGAUUGGGUGGUGAGAAUGGAAAGGUGGAGACUUGGGAGGUGGGCAAAUCAAAGGGUGCGAUGAAGAAGAAGAAGAAGAAGGAGAAGGAGGAGGUGGAAGAAAUGGGAGAGGAGGACAUUGGUUGCUGGGUUAGGCUGAGGUUCCUUGGGAGCUGCAUUUCUUCAAGAUCCAAAGUUGAUAGCUCAAGCAGUGGUACCACUGGUAAUUACGCUGAAAGUAAAUCAACGAAUGAUACAAACAGAGACCAACCGGCAGCUCCAAUUGUCUCAUCCUCAACCACUAGUAGUGCCGAAAGUAAUUCAUCCACUUCCAAACUUGAAGAGGAACUUAAAGUUGCGUCUCGUCUGCGAAAAUUCUCAUUUAAUGAUCUUAAGUUGGCAACGAGAAAUUUUAGACCUGAGAGUCUUCUUGGCGAAGGUGGUUUUGGUUGUGUGUUCAAGGGGUGGAUUGAAGAAAAUGGAACUGCUCCUGUGAAACCCGGCACUGGGCUUACUGUUGCUGUUAAGACCCUCAACCAUGAUGGGCUUCAGGGCCAUAAAGAAUGGCUGGCUGAAGUGAAUUUUCUCGGUGAUCUUGUUCAUCCGAACCUAGUCAAACUCAUAGGUUACUGCAUUGAAGAGGACCAAAGGCUCCUAGUAUAUGAGUUCAUGCCUCGUGGGAGCUUGGAGAACCAUUUAUUUAGAAGGUCCUUGCCUCUCCCAUGGUCAAUUAGAAUGAAAAUUGCACUAGGAGCUGCAAAGGGUCUUGCUUUUCUUCACGAGGAAGCAGAAAGGCCAGUUAUAUAUCGGGAUUUUAAAACCUCCAACAUCCUAUUAGAUGCAGACUUCAAUGCAAAACUUUCUGAUUUUGGACUCGCCAAAGAUGGUCCCGAGGGUGACAAAACUCAUGUUUCUACCCGUGUGAUGGGAACCUACGGAUAUGCAGCCCCAGAAUAUGUCAUGACUGGACAUCUUACAUCAAGGAGUGAUGUCUACAGUUUUGGUGUGGUUUUACUUGAAAUGCUGUCGGGCAGAAGAUCCAUGGACAAAAACCGACCUAAUGGUGAACAUAACCUUGUGGAAUGGGCUCGGCCGCAUCUAAGGGAGAGAAGAAGGUUCUACCGGUUGAUAGACCCUCGGCUCGAAGGUCACUUUUCAAUUGGAGGAGCCCAAAAAGCCGCACAACUGGCUGCUCACUGCCUUAGUCGGGAUCCAAAAGCCAGACCCCUAAUGAGUGAAGUUGUUGAAGCCUUGAAACCUCUGCCAAACCUCAAGGACAUGGCAAGCUCAUCAUACUAUUUUCAGACUAUGCAAGCUGACCGAAUUGGGUCCCCAAAUGCUAGAAAUGGCAUCCGAACACAGGGAGGAUCCUUUUCAAGGAAUGGGCAGCAGCAGAGGAGCCUUUCCAUGAAUGGUUCCCAUGCUUCUCCAUAUCACCAUCAGUACCCUCACCAGUCUCCGAAACCCAACGGUAAACAAUAAAAUUGGCUGUGGUAGUUUCUCUCUCUCUCUCUCUCUCUCUCCCCAACCCCUUGGCAUCAUUCAUUUCUUUUUGCGCCUUCCUUGGUAAGGAUCGAUCUUCUGUUAAAGCAAUUGUUCUUAGAGAACCAAAAAGCAACAGAGAAAUAUGCUUGCUUUUAUGUUGUUUAGAGUUGUGACCUCCUUACCGAGGAAGAAUGUAAGGGCAGGUGAAGCUGAUUGAGGAAAAUGUGUAUGCCAACCAAUGUAUUCCUCCAGCUUGUUUGGAAAUAUCGAAGUGUAACCCUCCUGUUCCCUUCUUUCUUUUUCCUUUUUUCCUUAUCAUCUCAUUCUUGAUUUAAUGAAAGUGUGCCAUGUUGUAUGUU